AGCCGCUUCGGCUCGAAUCCUCAGGCGCCGAGGGGCUCGCGCCGCGUGAGUGCGCGCGGUCGCAGGCCCAGCGGCGCAGGCGCGUGGGGCGCAGACCAGAAGCCCGCGCCGAAUGGUCCGCCGGAAGGUGCAUGUGGUGCAGGUGGUGCCGGAGGUGCAGGUGGUGCAGGAGCAAACGCAUGAACAUCAACAGCAGGAGUUCGAGGAGGAGAGGCGGUUGCGAGGUUGACGACGGCCAGUCUGGCGGCAAGGUGACGCGGUUGGUGGUGCGCUGCUCGUUCCUCGCCUUGCCGCCCGUGGUCGCGUUUUUUCUAGGCCUGACCGGCUACCAGCUGGGCUUCUGCGUUUGGGCGACCCUGGUCUGGAGCGGCCUCGAGGCUGCCAUCGUGUUCCGCACCGGCCUGUCGAUGGGGUGCAACAGGUUGCCGUUCGUGCCGCGCCUGGUCGGCGCCCCGGUGCUGGACGGGUCCUGAGGGAGACUCGGGCCAACCCCCGAGAGACGGGUCCUUAGUCUUUUCCGCCGUCUUCUCGGGGAACAAGCAAUGACACGAGCAUUUGGGUUAUGCCGGUGUUUGUUCCUCUGGGGGUCCAGGACGCGUUUCCUUCAGGACGCGCUUCCCUCCUGCGAAGGGGAGGCUACCCUUCGUGUUGCGCCUGAUCGGCGCCUCGGUGCUGGACGUGCAGGCGGGCCUG